AUGCAAGUGGAACACCAUUCACAUGCAUCUGGAUUCAACCCACUGCAAAUGUUUGGAAGAAUUUCCUCUCCUCACUGCCUUUCAGCAAAGGAACAGGCUCCCCAAUUAGGUUCUGGAAUAUCCCUUUUUGUUGGUUUUCGAAUGAUCCCUGGUAGUAUCAGAGAAUUUUGGGGAAGAAGACAUCCUGUCAUGGAGCAGAAUUUGGCCUCUAUGUCCAGCUGGGCUUUCUCGCAAUGCUGUGAUAUUAUCGCUGGCCUGACUUCAUCCUUCCCUGCUCUCUUAUGCUCCAUUGAGUUCCCUGGAGAGCCUCCUUGUCACAAAGCAGGAAGCAAGGACCGGAAACUUGGCAACAAAAUUCUCCCUUCACAGGAGCGAUAG